AGUCAGACAGAUAAAGGAAGACGGUUGUGGCGCUAAGAGAGGAAGAGAACUGAAAUAGGAUCGCGUUUUUUUCUCUGUGGUUUGUACUCGUAAUAUCGAGUGGCAGCGUGUUCAGAGGGUUAGAUCAGUCACCUCGAUGCAGAGCACAACCUCUCCAUCACCUCUCAGCAUGGGGGACGAAGACUACGCUUCAGAUUAUUAUUACUAUGAAAAUGAGACUAACAUUACUGAGAAUGACACUUAUGAAAAUGGCUGUGGUUUCUCAGCCCUGCCCGGCUCCCACAUUUUCCUGCCCACCAUGUAUUACCUGAUAUUCUUCACUGGAUUCUGGGGCAACAUCUUUGUGAUCGUGGUGGUGGGAAGCAAAGGCAAAAGAGCGGGUCGCCUGGUGGACAUCUUCGUCUUGAACCUGGCCAUGGCUGACCUGGUCUUCGUCCUCACGCUGCCUCUUUGGGCCAUCUCUUCCAGCCAGAAGAACGGCUGGGACUUUGGGUUUCCCAGCGAGUUCCUGUGCAAGCUGAGCAGCUACAUCAUCUCUGUCAACCGCUUCUCCAACAUCUUCUUUCUCACCUGCAUGAGCAUUGACCGCUACCUGGCAAUAGUGAAGAUGAUGGAUUCAAGGUACCUCAGGAGUAGUAAGUGCAUCCGCAUUACUUGUGCUGGGCUCUGGAUCAUCUCAGGCAUCCUUGGCACUCCCUCUCUGAUCUACCGAAAAGUGGCGCCAUCUGCAGGCGGUCAGUCCUGCCUCGAAGAUGAAACUUUGGUGCUCCUGAUCGGGAUGAAUCUGGGCAUGGUGUUCCUCACGUUCAUCUUCCCAGUGCUGAUCAUCAUGGUCUGCUACGGAACCAUCAUCAUGCACCUCAACAGGCACUGCGCCGCUGCUGGGAACGCCCGAGCCGAGGCUCGCCGCAGACACUCACUGAAGAUGGUCCUCUGCAUCAUCGUGGCGUUUGUGGCGACCUGGCUGCCCUACAACACCUUCAAGUCCAUCAAAAUCAUUUUCUAUCUCUCAGAAGGCGAUCUGAGAUGUAAAGCAUGGCUGCACAACGGGUUCCUCAUCUCCUGCUGCCUGGCUUUUCUCAACAGCUGCGUGAACCCGGCCAUCUACUUCUUCUUGGACCACCACUUCAGGCGACGGGCGAAGUUCCUGUUCGAGAGCUGCAUCGGGAAGACAAAGAUGCUGCAGAGCUUCAACUCCUCUGCUUCUAUCACCAACCCCGGCACUUCUGAGACCUAUGCGACAAAUGGUGGGCGAACGCAGAUUCAGAUGUCCCUGCAGGAGGAGAACAAGUCAUUCGUUACCUUCUAAAAGUCCAGUAGAGGUGACGUCAUUGUUUUAUAUUUCAACUAAAAUCUAUCUGACAACCAUACGCAAUUUUAUUCUUUUUGUUAUUUUUAUUUUAGCCUCUGCUGAUUUUCUCCUGUAGAGCCCUGAGGUAUUACAGUAAAACAUUAAAUGACUCAUCUUUUUGUUUGUUUGUUUCUGAAAUACUUGUUUUAUGUUUAAUUGUACAAUUUUUAAAUUCUUUUUUUUUUCUUUUCUUUUGACUUCCUCAUCUAAGAAAAUGCUGUUAAUACUGCUUAUGCUGGAUGGCAGUGCAUAACUUGGCUGUUUAUUUUUUGCAUGUUGCAUUAUUAUUUUAGCAUUAACAAUACUAACAAUAGUUCCUAAUCAUAACAUUAGCUUCGAAUCAUUAGUAUUUUUAUGUUUUUGGUAAAAACUUUCAAGUUUUGUAUUUUUCUGAUUCAUCUUCUGUUAUAAAACUGUGAGGAUUAAAGUUUUUUAUGCGGGAAAUAAAUGUGUAAGAAAAAAAUAUGUUUUUCCCAAUUUGCAUAUUAACAAGUUCACCCAGAUAAACACUUUUUUAUUAAAUUACAGUGAAACUGACAAGCUCCAGUAAUCCAUAGUUUACACACCUUAGCUACAUUUGAUGAAUGGUUUGAUUUGUAUUAUAUAUUUCUUUAAAUAAAAUCAAAUUUUGUCAUGAAUACAUAUUUUUCCUGCUGCAAUGAUGCUCAUCCACUUCUUCUUCUUAAGCUUAACCAAAUCUGUCAGCUGCUGUUUAAACAUGAUUUGAAAAUAAUACAAAUUGACACAUUGUAUAACAUAACAUUGUAGCAUAUAUAAUAUUGUAGUGACAAUAAAUCUCUUAUCAACAAACUUUAAUUAUACAAGAAAGAUUUUCACACAGCCUUGCGAUUUAACGUGUUUUCAAACACUCUGCGAUCCUGACAGUCAAAGCACAUGAUACAUAAAAUCAUCAAAGUGGAAACAUCUGGUUUCAUAUCUCACGAAAGCUGCUAAUCAGGUCCUAUUUCUUUGCUAGUUAUUUAAUCAUCAUAAACCAAUAAUGACAAUAUCCAAAUUAUUAUAUUUUAUUUGUAUGAUUUAAUUCCCGUUUGCAGAUUUGCAUGCAUGUAAUUCAGAUUAACUUUAGAUGCAUUACAGAGAAGUUUGUUUGAGAAAUCAACUCAGACACUUUUCUCACAGGCGCCUUUCUAUAGAGAAAGUCAUUUUAAACAAAUGCUAAGACCACAAAGUACUGUUACGACUCAAGCUGUGGAUACACGCUCAAUUUCAAAAUGUGUGCUUCAAAAACGAAGCGCACUGUAUGUUUCUGAGCUUACUUCAUUUUCCACACUUAAAAAAGAAAAAGAGAUAGAAAACCACAGGGUCUGAGAGCAUUGACCGCUUUCUGAGUUUUUUUUUUUUUUAGUUUUCACACAACAGGCUCACUGUACGAACUUUGUGCACAGUGUGACCCGUAUUGUUUUCUGUCUUCUUCAAAACUCAGAGUGCAAACAAAGGACAGUUAAUCGCAGGGGGGGUUGUUAAAAGUCUGUUCAAGACAUUAAAAAGAUUUUCUGCCUUUACAUAGCAGAAAAUGUGCCAAAAAUACAUAAAAAGU